AUGGAUACAACAAAGAUGCGUGUUCUAGCCCCUACCUUCUCUAAUUUGGUGAAAUUAUCUCUUAGAAGGUUAAAUCUUCUUAGAGAAAUAUGUUGCGGUCCAUAUGAAAAGCUUCAGAGUGGUUCUCUUGAAAAUUUGGAAACCAUACAUGUAGAAGAAUGCCCUGGUAUAUGUAGCUUAUUUCUAGCAAUAAUGCUACAGAGACUAUAUAAAGUGAAAGAAGUGACAAUCCAAUCUUGCAACAAGCUGGAAGAAAUAUUUCAACUUGAUAGGUUCUGUCAUAGAAGGGAAGAAAAUCUUGCAAUGCUUUCAAGUUUAGCAAAGUUAGACUUGGCAAACUUACCACAACUGAGAUGUAUAUGGAAAGGGCCAACCCAUAUUGUAAACUUAAAAAGUCUUACAAUUGUUAUAGUGAGAGAGUGCAAAAGUUUGAUUUAUCUCUUCACUUUGUCAGUUGCUCAGAGUUUGGUCCAACUGAAAUCACUCAAAGUUAGUGGUUGCGAGCGUUUGAAGCAUUUGUUAAUGAAAGAGGGUGAUGAUGACAAGGAGGAGGAAAUAUUAUCAGAAUCUCAUCAUGCAGUUAUUGUGCUCCCAAAUUUGGCAAAGUUAAGCAUUGAAAGAUUACCACACCUGAGGUGUAUAUGGAAUGGGCCCUCUUAUCAUGUAAACCUCCCAAGUCUCACAGAUGUUGAAGUGAGAGAAUGCAAAACCCUAACUUAUGUCUUCACUUUGUCAUAUGUUUGGAGUCUGGUGCGGUUGAAAUCACUCAAAAUAGCUGGUUGUGAAAAUUUAGAGCAUCUGGUCAUAACAUAA